ACUCCGAUCGAGUUAAUCAUUAUCAGCGACCAGUGAGCCUCUAAUAUUACUGUAUCAUCAUCUCCGUUCGACCAGCGCGCGGGAGAAUGAAUCCAACUCAGGCCAACAUGAACGACCCUAGUGCACCGGCGGCUCCUGCAGGGAAAUGGACCACAGGCCUCUUCGGCUGCUGUGAAGAUCCUGGCAGCUGCGUCAAAACAAGUUGCUGCCCGUGCAUUACCUUCGGCCAAAAUGCUGUCAUCCUUGACAGAAAUGAUACAACUUGCUUUCCGUCGGGGCUUCUGUUUUGCUUGCUGGCGCAAAUAGGCGUGGCGUGCUUGUACUCGUACCCUUACCGGCACCGGCUGAGAGAGCAGUACGGGCUGCCGGAGCAGCCUUGCGGGGACUGCAUAUUGCACUGGUGCUGCGGGCCUUGCGCUGUAUGCCAAGAGUACAGAGAGCUCAACAACAGAGACCUUAACCCUUCCAAGGGCUGGGAAGCCCAUGCUGCCCGGUUCACUAAUGGCAGCGCCAUGGCGCCUCCGCCGGUUGCUCAGGGAAUGCCGCGUAAUUGAUCGCAUUCUCAACGAUGAUUGAUUGGUCACUAUUAUCAUCCAUGUACGUAUGUAUAUGGUUUAUGUAGUACAUGUAUUUGGAUUUUGGAGUACUAUAAAUAAUGUGUGUGAUAUUGGUUGUGUUAGUCUCAAUUAUGUUGCAGAUAUAUAGCUUCUGAUGUUUGAUGUUGAGGGCUUAAUUAGUUAUAUAUGUACCUGUGACGUUUGGAAAUAGAAUAAUAAAAUGAUGUUUGCCUCAUUUAUUUCUGAUCUUGAUUGAUCGGUUUAAA